AUGAGUUGCAACAUUAAGGAGACUAUUACUGUGUCUAGCAAAGGCAGGAGCAGCGGUGGCAGCUGCAUCAUUGGUGGUGGUGGUGGAGCACGGAUUUCUUCCUUUGGCAUAGGCAGUGGCAGAGGUUUUUCUGGAAGGAGCUACUGCGGUGGAGUGAAUUAUGGAGGGGGACUGAGCGUUGGUAGCUUGGCUGGUGGGAGCUAUGGAGGUGGCAACUGCUAUGGCAAUGGCCUCGGGUUUGGCAUCGGAGGUGGUGUGGUUGUUGGGGGUCUCGGUGGCGACUGCUUGCUUUCAUCCUGCGAUGAGAAGGUCACCAUGCAAAACCUCAAUGACCGCCUGGCCUCCUACCUGGACAAGGUGAAGUGCUUGGAGAAGGAGAAUGCUGAGCUGGAGUGCAGGAUCAGAGAGUGGUACGCAACACAGGGCCUGUCCUGCGAGCCCCGCGACUACAGCUGCUACUACAAAGAGAUUGAAGACCUUCAGAACCAGAUUGUCUGCGCAACCAUUGACAACAACAAGAUCAUCCUGGACAUUGAUAACAGCAGGAUGGCUGCUGAUGACUUCCGUGUGAAGUACGAGACGGAGCUGGCGCUGCGCCAGAGCGUGGAGGCCGACAUCAACGGGCUGCGCCAGGUGCUGGACCAGCUGACGCUGUGCAGGUCUGACCUGGAGGCACAGCUGGAGUCGCUGCGGGAGGAGCUCUGCUGCCUGAAGAAGAACCACGAGGAGGUAGGUCCUGCCCUCUUCCCUACGAGCAUCAUGGAGUGUUGCGGUUGGUUUGAGGGGGCUCCCUGGGGAUCCCAGGAGGGCUCCCCAAGCUGUGUGUUGGCUGGUAGCAGCAGGCAGAGAAAUAACUUGGAAUCAUCUCUGGCUGAAACGGAGUGCCAGUACAACAGUCUCCUCAGUGAGCUACAGAACCAGAUCACGUGUGUGGAGCAGCAGUUGGCUGAAAUAAGAGCAGAAAUAGAGUGCCAGAACCAAGAGUACAAGACCUUACUGGACGUCAAGUGCCGCCUGGAGCAGGAGAUCCAGACCUACCGGUGCUUGUUGGAAGGAGGACAGCAGGACCUCAUUCACGGAGGAGGAAUUGGAACUGGUGGAGGGGUCAUUAGGACGAGCCACACCUACACAACAACUUCAGGUGCCCACUGCCAGGCCCAGGUCCCACCCUGCAAGACUGGAGACAUACAAGUGACCUGCAGGAGAAUUUGUGAUUAAGCAGAAAUGGACUGGAAGGUGACAGGGAAACCCAGAGACAACCCAAGAAGAGUCCCUGUUCACUGCACCCUCUGUGCAGAGAAAGUAGAAGUAACUCAGUGAUGCUUGGCCACGUAGCUAAAGGGGGUGUGGAAGCCACCUCCUCUGUUCUGCUCUUCUGUUCUGCAACGCUGUAACCUCUAGAAGUUACCUGAGUUAGUCAGGUCACUUAUGCACCUG